GAAGGGGCGACACCUAUCAUCAUCAAACACAUCGCCAAAUAAUUUGAACGUCCACAAAGAUGCGGUAGAUGUCCAUGUCACGGAGGCGUAACUAACUUACUCUCCUUCUUUGUGUAGGUGUACUGGCAAAAAUUUCGCAAGGUUUUAAUCGCUAAAUUUAUCCCAGUACCGUACCCAGCACUCUUUACUUUCCACGUGAGAAGCCUUCAAGAUGGCGCGGUGCACCGUUAAGCAAUUUGCUGAUGUGGAUAAGAUGCAAAAUAAGGACCCCAAGUGUCCGGCUACUUGUGGUCCUCGGAUAGGAACCUCUGAUACACAAGUCCAAGCCGUGAUUGAUUCCUUCGCCGGCAAAACAGCUGGUGGCUCUCCAGUGCCAGUGUUUGCCGAGGGCGGCGAAUUGCAGCUGCCUCGGGGCCUAGUGCCGACAUGGACCGAAUCUGGCGGCUCGUAUCGUCCCCUCGACGUGCCGCCGCCGAAUUACAGGUCAUGCGUGACGACGGCGCCGCCGGACGUGCGCCAAAUGACCGCCGUCAUCCCGAAAACGGGCUUCAUGAUCAUCUGCGACGACGUGGAGCUGACUGGGAAUAAGGCGAUUGAGGCGCCGGAAGUGCCCACGACUGUCGAGCUCGACGCCCGUUGGGACCAGCGAGACGGGUUCAUCCUUCGCAUUUACCGCAAGGCAGACGCGGCUCCGGGGUCUUCGCAGGCCAAUGCGAACACGUCGGAUCAAUGGACCGGCAACAUUCUGCGACGCGAAAUCGGCACUCGGAAAUUGGCAUACCUCAAGCACCUAGAGUCGCAGAAGCGAGUGCGAACUCGUCGCAUCGAAGAAUUUCUCUAUCUCAAGGAGGACGUGACGGAUGAUGGAGGAUCAGACGAAGGCUCUUCAGAGACGGAAGAGUUCAAGCAGGAGAAUGAAGUGGGCGACGUGUCGCUGCCUGAGGCGUUUUUGGCGCUCCGCAUCCCGAUUUUGCAGAAACCCGCGCCGGUUGUGCCGAUCCACUUUGUGCUGGAACAUCUGCGGAACCGCGACCGAUCAGGCAUGCAAAUAGAACUCGUGUUGUCCAACUACAUUCUGGCACAGGGAGAAAUUCUCAAAGAGCGAAUCAACUGGGAGGCUCGAGUCGGUGCCAUGUUCCCUCCAGGGUUGCCAAUAGUUGAUGCCUGUGUAGCUCAAAAGUUCAAAGACCUGACGGAUUACGACUACGACAUGGAGAUCGAACUUGAGCCCAGAGUCAUCUGCAAUUUCUAGCUGAAAAUCUUCAUAAUUCAUUGUUGCAAGUCUAUCUUAUCUUCCUUUUAUUCCUUUGUGGUCCUUUUGUUUUACUCCUUUUUGUAUCCCUGAAAACAACUCGUCGCUGUCGAAAGUUAUAAAUUGUUCAUUGUCGACGAGUUUCCUUCUUUUGUUCUGCAAUGAAAAUAAAAAAGAAUUGUCGUAGGCGACGUCAUAAAUCGAAAGCUUGAAUUUGAGGUACAAA